UUAAUAAUUGCUGUUUUAUUGUGCUCUAAAUAUGUAUAUGAUGAUAAAUUGAACUAAUAACAAGAUUAAUUUUACCAGAUUUACCUAACUUAACCUAAUAUAUAGAUUUAUUAAUCGUUUAUAAAUAUUUAAAUAAAUUGUAUACAUUAACCAAGCGUUGCACCGUAGGCUCAACAAAAUUUAUUACUGGAGAUAUAUAGCAUACCAUAUAUUUAGCAAACUACACAAAUACAGUUUGAAAAGAUCUGUAGUCGACAUGCUCUCGUCAUGUUGACGCGGCAUGUGCGCUCAUUGCUCUCUCCACUCCGUUAAAUUUACGCGAAGUGUCAAAAAUCGCCGCGUUGCUUGCAGAGGAAAAAAAAUUGAUUUCCACUCAUUUGUUCACGGGUAUUGUAUUGUAUUUUCUUGUGAAUUGUGCGAUUGUACGGCUCUACGGCGGGGUAUAUUACGUACGCAUUUUUCUUUUUAAUUAGAUGAAUAAAAUCGUAAAUAAAUCCGGUUUUUCUAUAAUACGAAAUCAAUUUUGAAAUGCGCUACCGAACGACGAAAUGUAAUUCUAAAUAAUAUCGAUUAGGAACAAGUGAAAUAUUGUGAAUUUAGAUUAGUGAAAAAGCCAACAUUCUCUAUUGCUGCGUUAACCCCUCGUACCUGCUGUUGAUUAGCCAUCCCUCGCCAGUUUUAUACGCAUCUUUAUGAACUGUUUGAUUAUUCCAAGCCGCCAAUUAUUUGUGUGUGUGGGCAAAAAGAGCUUGUAACAGCAACAAUUUAAAUGGAACGUGUGUUUAUAGCUCUUUACAUACAUUACUUUUAAUUAAAUUUGCUUCAGUUUGAAAUUUAUAUCUAAUAUAGUGCAGAUUAUAUGAAUUAACUGAAGCACUAAACGCUGCUAUAACAAACGGUGCUUGUGUAGCAAUACUCUUUUGUACACGCUUCCUCGCUUCUUAUUAGUAUUGGGACAGAUUUGUUCAGCUGUAGUGCGUUAGAGAAUCACAUUUGCGAAUCCUAAGUCAAAAUGACGUUACAACAGUUAUUGAAUUACAAAUACCUGACAAAGGAACAACUAAAUGGCUUUGACAACUACAAAUACAGCGCGCGUGAUACCUCACCCUUGAGCGUAUAUGUAAUGCAUCCAUUCUGGAAUUGGACUGUCAAGUUCUUUCCCCGUUGGUUGGCACCAAACGUUAUGACCUUUCUUGGCUUCCUUUGUACAGUGAUAAAUCUGUUGCUUCUAUCCUAUUAUGAUUGGAAUUUCUACGCCAGUUCUGGCUUACCGAAUACUACCCCCAUACCAUGUUGGGUGUGGUUCUGCUGUGCUGUAAAUAUUUUCUUGGCCUACACAUUGGAUGGUAUUGAUGGGAAACAAGCACGCCGCAUUGGUUUGUCUGGCCCACUGGGCGAACUCUUCGAUCACGGUCUCGACUCGUAUACCGCAGUGCUGAUACCCACAUGUCUGUAUAGUAUUUUUGGACGUAGUCCCGAGUACUCAGUAGCGCCCGUACGCAUGUACUACGUAUGCUGGAUGGUGUUCUUUAAUUUUUAUGUCUCGCACUGGGAAAAGUAUAACACUGGUGUUCUGUAUUUACCGUGGGGUUAUGAUUUAAGCAUGUGGGGCUCAACAGCUAUGUACCUGUUAACAUGGUGGUUUGGUUAUCAAUUUUGGCAACACACACUACCCUUGGGUAUCUCGCUCGGACAUAUGAUGGAGUUCGUUUUGCACAUCAGCGCAAUGGCCAAUACACCGAUGGUGAUAAUUAAUGUGUACAACUCAUACGUGCAGCGCACGGGUAAAAUGCGCUGUUUCAGUGAAGCAAUGCGUCCAUUGUGGCCACUUUUGGUAUUCCUUGUUAUAAUGCUGCUGUGGCCUUUCAUCUCACCGAAUAAUAUCAUGGAAAAAGAUCCACGUAUUAUGUUUUUGCUGAGUGGGACAAUAUUCUCGAAUAUCAGUUGCCGUCUGAUUGUGGCGCAAAUGUCUAAUACGCGUUGUGAUGUCUUUCAUUAUAUGAUGCCUAUAUUCUUGUGCUUCGUGGGCAUUGGUUUAUGGAUACCGCUACUUGAGCGCUUAAUGCUCUAUGUUCUAUUCGUCGUUACCACACUAACACACUGGCAUUACGGCACAAAUGUGGUGAAUGAAAUGUGCGAACAUUUCAAUCGCAUUUGCUUCAGCGUGAAUAAGCGGGAACCAGCUGUUCGAAAUGCCGAAGAUAUACGGCUGCGCGACAUGGAGAAAACCGACUAAACAAUGCUACCAAACCAAAACAGACAAGUGUGCUUAUGCAAAUGCAAAAAUUAAGAAUUUGCAGUUAGGCAACAACAAAAGUAACAGGAGGCUCGAUAUCAAUUUUUACCCUUUCCUUAAUAUUUCACCGGUAAGACAGUGUUUUCAAACCGAGUUUAGCUGGAUUGGUCUAGGUAAAGUGCAAGUAUGUACAUAUGUACAUUAAUAUAUAUUUUUGCUACAUUGCACUCUCAUGUUUUUUUGCAUAUACAAACCGUGCAAUGAAUUCGUGCUCUCUAUAGAAAAUUGAGAUAACGAAAUUGUCAUUAAAUUUUAGGCUUUUGAAUACAGCAAUGCCAUUAAGUGUCAGUAAAAUAAAGACAGAACGGAAUUAGUAGGCAGUGAAGUUAAGUGAUUAUUUAUUAUGCAACCGUAAUAAAUAGCAUAUUAUUAAUAUUUGUAAAAAGCCAUAUAAUUUAAACUAUUUAUUCUAAUUUAUUAGUGCUUGGCUCUCUCGUGCGUGUGCUCUGUCGAAGUGAAGUGGGUGCUGAAACCAAAUUUUUUAUUAUAUUCAAACAUUUAUGUAAUUGCUAUUGCGCUGUGAUUAAGAGCACGCAUUCGUUUUUCUAUCUUUUUAAUUUAUAAAAACUGAAUGCAUUUUCAUAUGGCUUUCGACAAUAUUUUUCACACGCUCAGCACUACACAUCACUUGCCAUUUUUCUCUCUGAAAAUUCGCCUCAUUUUACAUCACCUUAAGUUACUUGUAAGUUUAUAGUAUUGAUUUUGUGUAUUAUUUUAUUGCCAACAAAAUAAUUUAUUUAACUGAAGUUAUAAAACGUUUACCAAUAACCGCUUAGACCUCUUAAUAUUUUUUAUUUAUAUAAAUAUUAAUUUAACGCAAAUUUCAUAAAUUUUAUUUAUAUAAAACUAAAAGAAAUAUACAUAUAUAUAUACAUAUACUUAUGUAUAUAGAAAAGUGAUAUGUGAAUAUGUCAUUUUGUGUUCGUAAAAAUUUUGAAAUCGAGCUUUAUGAUGUAUAGUGUAUUUUAGUUUAGUUUUUAGUUAGUUAAAAGUAGCUUCUUCCGAAUAUUGUGUAUGUGUGCAUAUAUGAAACAUACGUAUGUCUUCUAAAAUACAAUAUAAAUAAAUAAAUUAUAUAAUUAAGAAAAACUAGUGUUUUAGACUGAAUAAAGCUGUGCGCAGCUUAAAUGGCUUAAAACAAGACAUUAAAACGACAAGAUAUUAAAACUAGGUUAAUGUUGUUAAAAUAUGUAAUUCGAAAUUUAAAUUUUCUUAGAUCAGAAAAAUCUUUUUUAGUAAGCUAUGCAUUCGAUAUUAGUUUUACAUCUUAUUUGUCUAAAAUGCAUAUUGCGUACACAUUUAAUACAAAUACAAAUCUGUUAUUAUGCAAAAAAGUUUCUACUUCCAAAAAAAUUAGACACAAAAAGGUAAAACAAUAAAAAAAUAUAUUUUCAAUAUGCAAAUAUUUUUCAUUUCUUAAAAAGGCGAGAAACAUAUGCUCUUAUUUUUACUUGAAACUUUGUAACAUAGAGUGCAAAUCCAUAAAGUAUUUACUAAAUGCAAUACUGUAACUAAAUAAAUAGCGAAGACAAACCACAGACACAUUGUAAUUUAAAAAGACAUACCACAUAGCUUAAUUUCGAUCGGAAACUAGAUUUGAUCUGUUAAUUAUUUAUACAUUAUAUAGAAUACAUGUAGGUAUAAACUAUACCUAUGUACAUGUGUACUUUUAUUUAUGUAUUGUAUAUAAAUAUGUACAUGUACAAAAAUUAAUGAGAUUAAAGAAACAUACAUUGCUGAUACAAAUGUGAA